GAAGUCCUCGUGAAGGUGGUGCAUGGAUUGGCAGCUCCGAUGGCGAAGACCUGCGCGCGCAAGCGCGCUGCUUUCCCGGCCUGAGGCGGUGCGGCGUUCCCGGGUUUCCAGCACUCUGUGCCGGAGGUGAGGGUUGUGCGUCUGUCUUCGAGGAGCCCAGUGGACGCAACGGCGGAGAGACAGGAACUCUGGGGGCUUGGGGAAGGCCCUGUGGGAGCAGGAUGGAGUGACCCGGCCGAGCCAGCCUACAGUGUGUGGCGACCUCCCGCUGCGAAAGCUCUUUGCUGCCGGGGAUCAUUUUUGGAGGAGGCAGGAUUUGAGGUGAAGAAAAUCCAAAAGGAAAUGGCAGGUGGCUGUAGGCAGAUUUGAGAAGGUGAUUUUGACCGGAGUGCUUGUCAAGGAAUGCACUUGUCAAGGAAGUGGGAGACGAAGAUGAAGAAACAUACGCCGAGACCGGCCAAGGCUUAGAGGGACUCUGCCCUUUCCUAUCAGGAGAGCACAGAAGGGGAUGGCUGCUAUGUGUCCUCCUACCGGAUGCCAGGCAUCGUUGACAUUUGAAGACGUGGCCGUGACUUUCACAGAUGAAGAGUGGAGGCAUCUGGUCCCUGUUCAGAGGGCCCUCUACAAGGUGGUGAUGCUGGAGAAUUAUGAGAGCAUUGUAUCAUUGGGACUUCCGGUUCCUCAACAUGAUGUGAUUUUUCAGUUGAAGAGAGGGGACGAGCCAUGGAUAGAGGGUUUUCAAGGAUCCGAGGAGAGAGAGAAGCCAGAGAGUGAUUCUCUAGAUUGGGAGACUAAGCCUGAGAUCCCAGAUGCUUCAGAAGGAGAAAAACCUGAAGGAGCAUCAAGGGAAAGCCUGGGAAGGCAAAAUCCUCUGUGCCCUAAAUUUGAAGUUCAAACACCAGAGGGUGGGUUGGAACCAGAGAAGGAAAGAUCCACAGUGGAGACUUGCAAGAAACCCCUUUCUCUGGACAAAAGCUUACAGCAGGGGUCAGCUCCACCUAAGAAAAUCAUUACUAAACACCGAGACCAGGAAUGUAGUGACUGUGGGAAGACCUUCUUUGACCACUCAUCACUCAUUCGUCACCUGAGGUCUCACACUGGAGAGAAGCCCUAUGACUGUCCUGAGUGUGGGAAGGCCUUCAGCCACCGAAGCAGUCUCAGCAGACAUCUGAUGUCCCACACAGGUGAGAGCCCAUAUGAGUGCAGUGCGUGUGGCAAAGCCUUCUUUGACCGGUCAUCCCUAACAGUGCAUCAGCGGAUUCACACGGGAGAGAAGCCCUUUAAAUGCAGCGAGUGUGGCAAAGCCUUCUUUGAUCGGUCAUCCCUAACUCGCCACCGGAGAAUUCACACUGGAGAGAGUCCCUAUGAAUGUCAGCAGUGUGGAAAAGCCUUUACCCAGAAGAGCAUCCUCACUCGACAUCAACUGAUCCACACUGGCAGAAAGCCCUAUGAAUGCAGCGAGUGUGGGAAAGCCUUCUAUGGAGUCUCUUCCCUGAACAGACACCAAAAAGCUCAUGCUGGAGAGCCACGCUAUCAGUGUAAUGAGUGUGGCAAAGCUUUCUUUGAUCGCUCUUCUCUCACACAGCACCAGAAGAUACACACUGGAGACAAGCCAUAUGAGUGCAGUGAGUGUGGGAAAGCCUUCAGCCAGAGAUGCCGGCUCACACGGCAUCAGAGAGUUCAUACCGGGGAGAAGCCCUUUGAGUGCAGUGUGUGUGGGAAAGAGUUCAGCUCCAAGUCCUCAGUUAUUCAACAUCAGCGGCGUUAUGCCAAACAGGGGAUAGACUGAGCAGGUAGAAGCUUGAGCCAGACAAAGGGCCUUCCUACAAAGUUGAUAGGUCUCCCUGUUGUCAAUGAACCAAGCAUUUGCUCAUUCUGGCUGCGUUGGCUACUGCCCUUCUGCUCCACCUCUGCUCCACAGUCUCUGAGCAGAUACAGAACUGAUGUGGAACGUGGAAAUUAAGAUAUGACUCUACAUUCAGACUUUGGGGCAGUGGCUGGGUAUAGCUCGGUGGUAGAGUACUUUCCUAGCAUACAUGAGGACCUGAAGUUCAAUCCCCUCCCUCAAAAAGAAGGAGGUUUUUCGGAGGGAGAUUGUCAGACUACAUGUUAAGGGGGGAUCCUCCAACAUACCUGUCAGAAUCUAGACCCAUUAUCAUUGCACUUUAAGUAAAUGCAGGCUAUUACAGGAGGGGAAUGGCACAAUUAUACUGAAGUGGCACUAUUUCUCUAGAGAAGAUUUAGAGCUGUUAAUCCUCUCAUGGAACUUUUUGGGACAUGACCCUUGUUCUCUUAUGCCCUAGCUUUUGACUCUCUUAAUACUAGUAGUAGUGAUAGUACUUACUGAGCACUUAUCAUGGGGUAAACACUCAGCUAAGAAGUUUACAAGGAACAAUCUGUCUUGCCAACUCUGUGAAUAGGUCCUUUGAUGUCUGAAUUUCACAGAUGAGCACACUGAAGUUUAGAGAGAUUAAGUAAUGUGCCCUAGGUGACACAAGAUGAAGCCAGGUCUUGAGUAUGGGUAUGCCUUCAGCGUUUUCACUGUAGCAUUAUGCUCUUAACUUUUGUCUUAUAAUUUAUUUAUAUAUAUGUACAUAUACAUAUAUAUUAUCUUCUACACUAGAUUGCAAGCACUUGGAGGUACGACAUAAUAGGUGUAUCUUGUACAGUGCCUUGGAAAUAGUAGGUGCUCAAUAGAUGUUUAUCUAAAUGAACACCAAGGUCUUUCCAUUCAAAACCUUCUUGGGUCCACCUCCUUUCUCUGAGUUUUCACAGUCCAGCCUGUACUUUUAAUAUCCCAGCUUCCCAUAACAGCAGUAGUAUUUCCCAGUUCCAGAGUUUCCCUCUUCAUUGUUCAAGAGGUAUAUGCUAAGCUGUGGUACAGUAGCAAACCUUCCAAAGAAACAAAGACCUGUGUCUCACAUCCAGUCUGAUGUGAGUUAGUCUGUCUCAUUCCAUCCUCAUCAUUUGGG